AUGCUUCCCUACUUCCUCCUAGCUGCUGCGCAGCUCUUCACUGCAUCCACAGCUUUGACCUACAAGGGCGCGGAUAUCUCCUCUCUCCUCGUUGAAGAAGAUGCAGGUAUCUCGUACAAGAAUACGGCGGGCACAACGGCGAAGCUAGAGUCUAUUCUCGCCGCUAGUGGUGUGAAUUCCGUCCGUCAGCGUAUCUGGGUUAACCCCAGCGGCGGCACCUAUGAUCUGGACUACAACAUCGAGCUAGCGAAGCGCGUCCAGGCUAAGGGCAUGACUACAUAUCUUGAUUUGCAUCUGAGUGAUACAUGGGCGGAUCCAAGUGCCCAGACCACCCCCUCCGGCUGGUCAACAACCGACAUCGACACGCUGACCUGGCAGGUGUAUAACUACACCCUGGAAGUCUGCAACGAGUUCGCCGCGAAUGGCCUCACAGUCGAAAUGAUCUCCAUUGGCAACGAAAUCCGCAACGGCCUCCUCUGGCCCCUCGGCACCACAAGCAGCUACAGCAACAUCGCGAGCAUCUUGCACUCCGGCGCAUGGGGCGUGAAAGACUCGAACCUCGCCACAAUCCCCAAGAUCUUAAUCCACCUCGACAACGGCUGGAGCUGGUCUGAGCAGUCUUACUUCUACGGCAAAGUGCUUGCGUCAGGCUCGGCCCUGCUGUCCACAGACUUCGACUACAUUGGCGUGUCGUACUACCCGUUCUACAGCGCGAGCGCGACGCUGGCGUCGCUGAAAACCAGUCUGACGAAUCUGUACUCGACGUACGGGAAGAAGACGAUUGUUGUUGAGACGAAUUGGCCGUAUGCAUGCCCCAGCCCGGCGUAUGCGUUCCCCUCGGAUUUGGCGGAUAUUCCGUUCUCCGUGGCUGGGCAGCAGACUUUCUUGAGUCGGUUGUCAACUGCUGUCAGUGGGGCUGGGGGAAUUGGAAUUUAUUAUUGGGAGCCGGCUUGGGUGCAGAAUGCUGGGCUUGGGAGUAGUUGUUCGGAUAAUUUGCUGUUUGCUUAUUCGAAUGAUCAGGCUAGAGCUAGUUUGACUUCGUUGGGGAGUGUUUGA